AUGCCUAUGAAGACAUUCGAGCACUGGGCAAUUUUAUGCCAUCCUGCUUGGGGUCAUGUCCGUCACUUCAACGGAUUCUUGACCCGUAUCCUACGUCGUCAUCGCGAAAGAGAUGUCCGAAUUACCUAUCUUCUCCAUCACACUCACGCUCGUAAAGCACGGGCAGAAGUGAGUCAAUUAAUGGUAGAAGAAGGUGAAUCGUACGAAGAAAGUGAGAGGUUAUUAAACAAGAUUCGCUUUAUCGGUUUAGCACCAACGCAGGCGUUAUUGGAAUCACCCGAGUAUCAAAAAUUGUUGUUGGGGUCAACGACUUCGAUCAGAUUCGGAAUGGAAUUGCAGUCGGCUUUUGGUCAUAUUUGGGUCGAUAUCUUGUCUUCUCAGGAUCGCGAUAGAAUCAUACGUUGUGCAGCCUCUGACCAGGUUUACUCGUACGACGAAUGGCCAAGACCGACCAUUCUCCACACGGAUAUCUACGGCGCUCCAAUGCUCAAAUUUGUUCGUGAACAAGAUGAACAGAGAGGACAGCGAACGCAUAAGAUCUACCAUUGGUCUACCGAAUUUGUUAGCUUUUGGCGCAUGUUCAAGAAAGAUGAUAUCAGUCAAGGUGGAAUUGAAGAUGAUGUGGUAUCGAUGUUAGCAGAUCCGGAGCAAUGUGCAAAAUUACCAGCAAAUUCGGCUAAUUUUCUAGAACAAUGCUUCGAACGUUAUAAUCGUAAUGUGAAUCAAUUGCUAUGCUAUCCCGGCUUGAAGAAUGGCAUGUACGAUUUCGAGAUCAAUCCUGGUCAAGUAGGGUGGCUACGAACGUACAUCCCUGCUUUGAACAAAAUGAAAGCGGCAAUCACUGAAUCAGACGGAAUCGUGAUCGCAAGCUGUGAUGACUAUCAGCCGUUGGCCAAGCAAAUAAUCGAGAAUUGGCUUUGGGAAGAACAUAAUGUUCGACUGUAUGCUAUCGGACCGUCGAUUGAGGAUAAUUUACUCAGUGAGCGACCAGAGAACAUCGUCGUUCACGAAAAAGAUUCUGCGCUGAUCUCGUUUAUGGACAGAUGCCAAGAAAGACACGGACAAAAUAGCAUCAUUCUCUUGAGCUGGGGUACUAUUUGGGCUCCAUUUCGUUAUCCAGACAUCCUUGAAGCCUGGAUUGAUGAAGUUUUGGAGAGCGGAAGACCGUUUAUCCUCAAUCGCUCUGCAGAAUUGUUCUCACGCUUGUCACCAUGGAUCGAAGAGAAGCUCAAAGUGGCAAUUGCGGCAGACACCGGCUUUCAGACCAAUUGGAUUGCUCAAAGGACCGUUUGCAGACAUCCAGCUUUGGGUGUGUUUGUGUCACAUUGCGGAUAUGCGUCUGCUUCUGAAUCCACUGUUCCUAUCAUUGGUUGGCCAAGUUUCUUUGAUCAAAGUAUCAUUGCACAAAUUGGUGUAGACAAUGAUGCAGGUUGGCAAUUAUACCAAGUUCGUGGUCCAGAUGCAGCGAAGCAAGGUCAAAAAUGCCGCGCGUUAGAAUUGCAAGGUAAACAGAUUCUUGGAACAUUGGAUGCCGUACGUGAAGAGGCAAGACAGGUUUUGCAAGAAUCUCAUUGUCAACAUCCAGUCUAUCAAAGAAAGAUGGCGAACUUGAGAAGGAUUCGAAGGGCUAUGCAUGCUAGCAUGUCCAAAGGUGGUAGUGCAUACGAGGACGUUGAACGUCUUUUGGACUUAUCCUAA